AGAAGAGAUGUUGGACAGUGAGUUUGUCAAUGAGGAGCUUGAGGUAACAGAACGAGAACAUUAUAUGAACUAUAAUAGUUGUAUAAUAGCUGUAUGCGCAAGUCUUCAUUAUCAUAAUACUGUCUUACAGAACGCUGUACGAGUUGUACUCGUGAGCCUGGACAAUCUUCAUCCAUUCGCCACACAACAUUUCAACAUCUUUCCCUAUAAGAGUAGGUGGGAGCGUGUGUCAGAGUUGAGAUUCAGGAAAGGAGACAAGAAAUUAGUUGCUUACCCCUUCCUCAUCACACUGUAUGUGGAGACAAAUGAGCUAAUCCCUCCAGUCACAGUGAAGCAUGCAAACAAAUGGGUCCCUUCAGAUAGGGAAUCUAGAUCAGACAUUCCACAGCUUCCUACUUCCUGUGCCCUCUCCCUAGCUUAUGAACCCAAGCGCAGGAGAACAGAGGAACCACUAGAGGGCCCACUGAGCUCAGACCAGCAUUAUGACAAGAUGGAUGCCCAUCUGUGUCUCCAAGAGUUGCCAAUGUCUGAAGGCGCAGAAGAGAUGGUUUGUGCCAAUGAGGUAUAUGCUGAUUCCCAGGAGUCUUCACCAGGUGCCACAAGCCCAGAGUUUCAUGUUGUUGAGCAGGAUGCCCUUGACUCUAAAGCCGCAGAGAGAGAAAAACCUGGAGUCCUUGCUAGACUGACUAGGUGAGAAAACCCGCAGCAGCUCACAACCUGAUGUGUCUGUAUGCUGAUUCCACACUGCUCCGUGAUUCUCCACUGUUUUUGUGUUGUUUUUCAGCAUUAUAGCAUUUCCCGUGUUCCUGCUGUUCAGAAGGAGCUGAUGACGUCAAUGACACAAAAACUAUCAAGUUCCCGGACAUUUUCAUAUUAGUCCUUACCAUCAUUAUUUGAA